GAAAUCAGAAAUCGUCGACAAUUCUUAUAAAUGUAUACGGUGGAAGACAUGUCUGCGUCAAUCGACACCAAAAUUAUCGAAAAUGAAUCAAACAAUAUCAAAAAUGACGACAAUAAUAACAACAACAACAACAACAACAACUCGGAUAAAGAAGAAACAAACUCGACACUAACAACCACUGAAACCGAGGAUCGGGAAGAAAGCGAACAACAAGCGACAACAACGACUCUUUGCUGCGAUAUUUGCAACAUAAAAGUGACGAGUUCGAAAAUCCUGCAAAGACAUUUGGACGGUCGCAAACACAAAAUGAGGUCGGAACGCCGAGGCAAAAAUUAUUAUUGCGAAUUGUGCGACAUCACCGCCAAUUCCGAGACUCAAUUGAACAUCCAUCUGAGCAGCUCGAAACACAAAGCGAGAGUGAUCAAAAGGGAAUACGCGGAAUUCACCGACCUCUCUGCAAACUCGAAAGCAUUAUGGAUCUUGAUCUUUUGCGCGUUGUGCAUCUUUUUAAACUUGUUGCUUCUCUUCCGAUUAUACUUGUAGAUCUACAGACAUGUUUUUUUCUGUGUAGUUCUUAUCAUAUUUAUUUGUAAGUUAGUUAUUUAUUAAAUUGUAGAAAGAAAAAAUACCAGAAGCAUUUGUAACUGUCUGUCUCUUUUAAUCAUUAUUUUGUUUUACUGUAACUAUCUAUUUGAAAA